UAAUUCAACACUGAAGUUUAUAGCCCUACCAAUAAGAAUAAGAUAUUUCGCUUGAUUAGUGUGUACUUUACUUUUCCAUAUUUCCACUUGUUUGGAUAUUGAAUUUGUCUGCAUGCUUGUUUAUUAUUGUUAUGUUUAUUGUAGAGGAGGAAAGAAAUUAACCAUAACGUGUAAAAAAUGAAAAUUUCACGGCACAGACGAGUUCGCCGUUAUUUAAAUUUCUACAAGAAUAAUUUUCAAUUUAGAUCUCCUUUUCAAAUAUUAAUUGAUGCUACAUUUUGCAAAGAAGCUCUUCAAUGUAAAUUGAAUAUUAAAGAACAAGUGCCUAAAUAUUUAGAAGAUCCCGAGGUGAAACUUUUUACAACCCCAUGCGUUAUUACAGAAGCUGAAUUAUUGGGUCCAAAAGUUUUUGGGGCCAUGCUGAUUGUUAAACAGUUUAAGGCUCGGAAAUGUGGUCAUGAGAAGAAUCCUAUUUGUGCUGCAGAUUGUUUACUGUCUAUGGUGUCAGACGGAAACCCUGAUCACUAUAUAAUUGCAACUCAAGAUCGGGAAGUGACUGAAAAGGUGCGAUCAAUGCCUGGUAUUCCUCUUAUGUAUGUGAAAUACAAUGCAGUUAUAUUAGAAAAACCAUCGGCUUUGAACACAGAAACUGUUGAAAUAAAAACUCAAGAAAAACUGAAAGGCUCAGAACAUGAAAGUGCUAUUUUGAAGCAAUUGAAAACUGAAGUUUUUGGCGAACAAGUUGUAAAUAAAAAGAAAAGGAAAAAGAUAAAAGGUCCCAAUCCUUUAUCUUGUAAGAAAAAGAAAAGUAAACCUAUUGUUCAGCAAGAAAAGGUCCGAAAUAGAAAGCGACAUAAGAGAGUGAAGAAAAACAUGUCUGAAACUACAUGAGAAAAUAUUUUUCAUGAUGAGUUACUAUUGAAUAUAAAAAGUGUAAUUAUGUGAUUUUAAAAAUGUAUAGUAAUUGAAAUAUGACAGUUUAAAAAGUUCUGUUUCAGAGUUUU